UUGACUCGGACUUGAGGACAAAGACUUGGGACUUGACUCGGACUUGCAAAACAAUGACUUGGUCCCACCUCUGGUAUUUAGAGGCUAUGAAGUCAGGAUAAAAAACAAAUGAUAACAUUUAAAAAAAAAUGGGCAAUUCUGGAAAAUACAAAGAUGGACAAUUGUUGAGUAUCAUUAUUUUAACACUCAUAGUCCUGCGUAAUGUAAAUUAGAGGCGCCCCUCUUGAAAAGUCAUCCCUGUCGCUCUCGUUUGGAGUAAAGUUUGGAUACAUGACCUUUGUCUGGAACCACAAAGAGCCGGUUCAAAAGACAAUCAGAUUGUCUUGAAAACUGUCUGUGAUGUUUUGUUGUGUUCACAAACUCUUAACUUGUGAGAAGUAAAAACUUUGCACUUCAUUGCUGGUGUAUGUGCAUAAUUUAAAAAAAGUUGUUUCUGUCAGAAACUGUGGUCACAUGCUUUGUUUUUCAUGAGUCUACUAGAAAGCAACUUGAGGACAACAUUACUUAAACAUGGCAUCAUCAGCUGUAUCUGUUAGCUAAAAAUGAGUGUGAUGAGAUUGCAGGCGGCCUGUACUUAAGGUCAUGAACUGCUGGCGAAAUGUGUUUUAAUGAGGUCAUUGCGAUCUGUCGUGGUCAUACAGACUCCGGCUUUGACUGCCUCAUAAUUAAAGCAGAGGGUCAGGGUAGGGCAGUAGUGGCCUACAAAAAGAAAAAAAAGUGAAAGAUCUGAAAUAUUUUUAGCUCUAAAGAUGAGGACUGGAGUUUAUCCUUGUAGUUAAUGUGAGCCAAGGCGCUAAUAGGAAUGUAAAAAGGAAAAAAAAUGAUUGGUUGAAGUUAAGCAUAUUUAUCAGCCCUAUUAACAUUUAAACCUGCUCAACGUUUACUAUAAUGCUGGAAUCUAAUCAGCAAAUGACAUUAGCUUCAUAUUUUUGGACGUGGUCAAGGUGACUUGUGAGUAUCAGAAAAGGAAAUGAAAGCUAAUUUAAACGAAUUGAGAUCAUUUUUGAUUUCAGCCCAGAAAGGUCCAUGUUUUUAUGUAUCAUUCUGACCCAAUAGACCAGGCAACAUUUUCUAAUCUUCUCCUGUCCAAUUUUAGUGAGUCCUUAGAAAGUGGUGGCUCAGUUUCCUCUUCUUAUCUCUGACAGGACUGACACUCAGCAUUAUCCUCUGCUGCUGUAGUCCACCUGCCUUAAGGUUAGUCGUGCUGCGCAUUCAGAAGUGGAUUGCUGCAUGCUUUGGUUGUGAAGGCUAAUUAUUUCAUGCCUCUUUCUGUCAUCAAGAGCCAGUUUGACCCUUUUCCUCUAAUCGCUAACAUCAAGAAAUCACCUUUCAUCUCCAUUCUAAUAUCCAGCUUAAUCUUCAGUAAGUCUUCCUGACUAAUAUUUCAGUUAAAAUAACGCCCUAAGCAGCCUUCUUGUAAGUGGUUCCUAACGUUUAAAUCCUUUAGCUCAGGAGUGUUGAACUCGAGGGCAGGUUGUUUAUCAGAUAUUCCAGUCCUGCCUGCUACUGAUUACCUGCUUCAGGUGUCCUUUUUUUUGGCUGGAUUUUUUUAAAAAACAAGCAGGAUUCUCACCCUUGAGGACAGCAGUUUGGCAUCUGUGCAUUUGCAUUAACUAUUGUAACUGCUGUCUUAAAAUAAAUCCUUAAAUGUACAAGAAUACCACGAAACAUUAUUUGAAAUCACUUCCCAAAACCCCUUAAAAAUGUUAUAUUUUAUUUCUGUGUUCUUUUUACAUGAAGAAAUGUGUUUAAAUUUUUUUAAAUGCAGAGAAAAAGUGGACAGAAUAUGGUUCCUAAUGCAUUUUAGAAGCGCACAUCAUCAUUUCACACAAAUUCAUAUCUAUGAUUUCACAUCAAUAUAUUAAUUACAUUAAGCUAAAUAAAAUAUAUAGGGUUAAGUACAAGGCACUUGCCUGAGCUUGGUUGGUUAACAGCGUGAAAAUGACCUUGUUUUGUCUUUACUUGACUGCAAAAUACAAAAUAAUAUAAAUCUUUAUAAACUCACUGUUGACACAGAACCACAAUAAAGCCAUUGCUGUCAAAAGACGCAAUCUAUUUUGGAAGAUUAAUAGAAAAUCUGUUUGGAAUUUGCUUCUUCAAUUGGGAUGAAUUUCAAAAAUGUGUUUACUUUCUCAUUUUAUUAAUUUAUACUAGUCACUUUACAUUUUUGCAAAAUGAAAUAGUUCAGGUUCCAGGAAUUAUUUACUGUGGCUUCUCUUUACAAAGUUCACACAGAAAUGGAUCUUUAUUUUGUUGAAUGGAGGAAAAUGUUGAUUGAACAUAAUCUGAUUGCAUUUUUUAAAAGCAGGCCCUAAUAUUAGAUAAACAUCUUUAAUAUAAAUAAAAUAUGUAGGGAUAAUCAACAGCAUUUGCCUGAACUUGGUUGGUUGAACGAUCAUUUUUAGAGAUGAUUUGUGAACGUAUUUAUUUUAAUGGUAUAACAAGUGGGAUUUCAGUUCUCAUUUUUCCCUGUAGACUGCUAAAAAAAUAUAAAAUCAGACUUAUAAAUCAAAAUAAAGUAUUUUCUUAAGUAACAUGUAUUUCUGUUUUUUUUAUUAGCUGCUUAAAAUUCCAAGUUCCCAAGGACAAAGAUGGGGUUUGCCUGUUCACUGUAACCGUGCGUCCCGCUUUAUCCUCCUCACCACGCGUCAAAGGAGUUCUUUCACAAAGUGGAUAACACCGCCCACCUCAGAUGACUAGGCAGACGGAGGAUGAGCUGAGAUUCCAGGUGGGAUGAGAGGACUCCUCUGUGAUAAGUACGUGAACAAAUAAAGGAAAAGAUGAAGCUGAAUGAACGCAGUGUGGCACACUAUGCCACCUGUGACUCACCGCCAGACAAAACAGGCUUCCUCUUCAAAAAGGGAGAACGAAACACCGCUUAUCACCGGCGCUGGUUUGUCCUUAAAGGGAACAUGCUUUUCUACUUCGAGGACCGUGACAGUCGAGAGCCCAUCGGGGUCAUCGUUCUGGAGGGAUGUACGGUGGAGCUGUGCGACUCCAUAGAGGAGUUUGCCUUCGCCAUCAAGUUUGAUUGUGCCAAAUCUAGGGUGUACAAGUUGGUUGCUGAGAGCCAGGCAUCCAUGGAGUCUUGGGUGAAGGCGCUGUCAAGAGCCAGCUUUGACUACAUGAGGCUGGUUGUGAAGGAGCUUGAGAGGCAGCUGGAGGAGAUCCAAGAAGCUGCAGGGGGCGGCGUUGGUGAUGGGCAGCAGGGAAGGCUCAAACCAUCCCCGCUUAAUCAAAUGGUACAAUCCAGGUCUGCCUCAUCCUUUCUAUCAUCCUCUGCAUCUUCCUUAUCUUCGUCGUCAAGUACCCCAUCCAUGACGACCCCUCAUAUGGCUCAGAAAAGCCAGCAGGAAGAAGUGCAGCUCAUCUCUAGGGGUUCCAGGGAGAAUGGAGUCAUAUGGACUAAACCUCUUGCCUCCUGCGCCAACGGCUCUGGUGAGGGAACAGCAUCCUGUGCAGUCUGGGAAGGCUCUGCAGAUUCUGGGGUUCCACCAGUGCCACCUCGGAGGAGAGGAGCAUCACUGGAGAGUCCAGUCUGCCCUGGCACCGGCUGCUUUUCCAAGCUUCAUGACUGGUAUGGUAAAGAGGUAAUGGAACUGAGAGAGCAGUGGCUCCAGAGUCAGUGAAAUCCCACAGGAGGAUCGUCAUUUCUUUUUUAUUUUUGCUUCAGUUUACCACUUCUUUCAAGUCUCAAAGCUGCACAAAACUGUCACAACAUUCUCAGUCGACGGCUUAAACUUUAUACUAACAUUCAUAAACACGUUUUAGGACUUAUUCCAACUCUUGUCUGGCACAAGAGAACAAGUGUGUUCUGAAUUUUAAACUCUUGAUAUUAUUCUCAAUUAAAGAAAUGGAAAUUGUUCCACUUUUCUAGUUUUUAAACACUUGACAAUGACAUGUAAAUAUGUACUUAAAGCCCCAUUUAGAUCAUCAUAAAAUAAUUUUCAAGUAAUAUGUUGCAGUUUUUUGCCAAAAUCUGAAAAAACCCAUAUAGUUUUCUAGGACAUAAUUUCUCCAGGGCAGCAGCUGUUCAUUCAAAAUUCACCUCUGAGUUGUGGGUUGGACUGUUGGUGUGGAGCAACCACACCCCCCUUCCCAUCACUCAUCCGUUUACAUGCACACUUGCUCUCUUACAGCCCCAAACUAAAAUUAGCGUUGCAAAAAAAAUGGCGAGCAAUAUCUGAGCUAUCCAGUACAAUUUUGAUUUAGCUCGAACGAUUGUAUCUUCUACGUCACAAAUACAAUCUUCUUCAAACUACAUUUUUUCAAAUGCUCCUGAUUCAAACCAAUUUGAAUAAAGACAUACUCAGAACUGCAGUUUUAGGAUUAGAUUUCUUAAUAUAUGUCCUCUAUCACCAGAAAAAUGCCACAAGAACAUGUUAAAAACACGAUUUUCAUCGGAGUGAGUAAGCCUUUUAUGUCACGUAAUACUUUAUCCAGGCACUUGUCAUCGGCUUGAUUACAACAAUGACCUUAUAACGAGGUAACCCGCAGAACUCAAAGCUCUACAUACGACCUGACAUGCUGCUGCACGACUGAUUUUUAAUUACCAAAAAAGGACACAUCACACCACUGUGCAGAUUCCUGGACUGACGGCAUACGGCUCCCCGCAUCAGAUUCAAAGCCCUUUGGCAUUUUCUGCAGGGUACCUGAAGACUUUUAUCCAGGUCUGCAACCCUUCAUGCUCUCUGAAUGAAAACUGAUGGUGCCUGCAGGUUCAUUAUGAUUCUGCUUUUUUGGAAUUCACCUGGGAUAAAAGCUUCUGCUAACAUGCUGCUAACUGACUAAAAAAAAUGUACCGGUAUGUACAAAAAUAUUUACACAGGCUUGCAAAUUGUUAAUAAAAUCCAUUGUAACUGUUGGAAAAACAUAUUGACAGUGUUCCCACCUUUUGAACACAUUUAGCCUCAUCAUUCUAGCUUGAGGGGACAUCUUAAAGAGAAUUUGAAAAAAAAAAUAGAAAAAGUUGUUGCACAAAAGACAUCUGUGUGGCCCAGGUGGCUUGACAUUUUACCUCUUAUUCGGUGCUGCUUAAGACGUUCCGUCUUGGUAAUAAAAACGUUUCAAAGCUGAACUCGAUGCAUAAAUAAGGAAGUCAAAUGUUUUCAAGUCCGAUCAAAAGCCGGAGCUCUGGCUUUUACAUAUUUGCUGUAAUGUUUGGAGAACCUUAAGUUCACCUUUCUCCAAACACUAAUGUUGGAACAUCCUCUCCACAGUCCCCAGAGAUCAUGGUGGAAGCUAGAUGUCAAGCUCCAAGCAACACACUUUUUAUUUUUAGCUCCUGUGUUAGCGGCCAUGAUGUCGGGUCGUUAUUGCCCCCCGUGACCAACAUUUCCCUCUGUUCAUACGAAGUUUGUCCUUGAAUUCACAGACCAACCACUGCAAUAGAGAUAUAUGCAAUUAAAAAGGCCUGUUGCUUUUGUGUCAAUGUAACCUGAAAGUUAUUGAGAGAUGGAACUCACUGUGAACAUCUAAACUCAUGAUUGACUUUCUUUCCUUUGCUUUUCUAAUACCAGAUUAUAUGUUGUUUUAAAAUAUUUUUAUAUUAAGUUUGCAUAAUUAUAGGUGUAUUCGUGCCUUCCGUUACUUUUUCACUGCUAAUCUCGGUACAAUCUUAUUUUGAUAAUAGCACUGGUUCACAGUGCAAUCAUUUCUGCCAAACUUUACGUGUGCACAAAACAAAAACUUGAAAAAAAAAAGACUAAAAGGGAGGCUUUUUCAAGGCAAUCCUUGUACUUUUGACAUGUAU